GUGUGCUGCUAGCUUAGCUUGUAGGAACACAAAACUCAAAUAACAUCAAUCUCUUAGCAAUCGAGAUGGCAAAGGGUGCAGCUUAUUGCUUCAGUUUUGUCGUGGUCUUCCUCUCCUUAGCCUUGGUUGUUCACUCUUAUGACUGUAUGUAUGUGGUGAGUUUGAAAACUGGGACCAUAAAUAAGGCAGGAACAGAUGCUAAGGUUUUGCUUCGUCUUCAUGACAAUCAAGGGCAUUCAGUAGAUGCUACAAAUCUGUCAGCAUAUGGUGUUGGAUCAAAAGACUACUUUGAAAGGGGUCAAUUGGAUAGGUUUAAUAUCCCAGGAGACUGUCUCCCUUCCCCAAUAUGCAGAAUAGAACUGAGCCACAACAAUGGUGGUUCUAGCCCUGCCUGGUAUGUCGAGUACUUGGAAGUCGCCGUCGUUACGCUCCAAAUGCAGAGCACCACCUCGCCAGUAAGAAGGUUCAACAUUAACCAAUGGCUUGCAAGAGACGAACCUCCUUACUCACUUUCUGUUGUCAAGAAUCAAUGCUAGAUUGUUUGGCUUUCAAUAUCUUCAAAGUUGCAUCCAUCAUGCGUGCAUGGUUAAAAUUAAGUUGUUAUUGGUUUUUUUGCAUUGAAAUGUAAUAAAGGGCGAUGGCAAUAUAGUGUGUUAUAUGCCAUGUGCCCAUGUUUCUGGUUUAAUUUCUUAGUGUGCGCUAUGUGUUCUCUAAGAAUGGGUGAGUAUGUGUUGUAGACUUGUAGUAGUACUUCAUUUGUUCUCAAUGUUUUUGUAUUAACUCUCCAUGGUUUGAUUUGAUCAAUGUCAUCUAAGUUAUUGCCUCA